AGAAAGCUUCUAGUGAGCCUGCCAAGGUAGUCCACAGAGCUGUGUGAGCGUUAACAGUGCUACGGUUAGAGCUGUUUCUUUAUUUAUUUCGGGUUUAUUCCUAUUUUUUUCAGGUAGGUGACCAUUUUAAAUUGGUAUAAAAUGUUUUUAAAGCCACAGAGUAAUAAAAUGUGUUGUAACUUUGUUUGGUUAGUUUUAUUGAAGGUUUGUCAGCGUCAUGUCAAAGUAAGAAGUCUUAGCUUCAGUUAGCAUUAGCAUGAGUUUAGAGUUUGAGGUCAGGACAUUCAGGUGUUUAUUUCUAUUUUUGGACAAACCGGAGCGGAAUAGCGGGACUAAAAUCAGGUUAUAACCACAGACACAGACUUAGAUUAGAUUAGUCUGUGUGAUUAAAUCAAGAGAAAGUAUUUCCACGGACUCGAGGAAACACUUUUGUUAUUGGUUUUGGUUCAGGACAGGAGGCAGAAGUUGUGUUUAAGGACCUAUUCAAACUCUGGAAAUUAAAAUAAUUAGUGUCAGAAAAACAGAGUGUGCACUCUCAGUAAUUAAAGCUGUAAAUGUUCGGUGGUAGAAAUGAAAAAGUACAGAUCAUUGACUUUAAUCAAAGCUCCAAUACAGCCAAUAAUGAUGACAGGUACGAUCAGGAUCUUCAAAAAUACAGGAAUUAAAGGUAUUUAAGUUAGGUAGGACUGCAAAUAACAGAUAUUUUCAUUACUAUUCAAGCAGUUAUUACAGUCAGGUGACACAACUAAGUCAUUUGGAGAAUAAAAUUACAAAAAGAGGAAAGAAAACAGACAUCUACAGUUUCUCAGAGACAAAUGUGACAACUCCAACAUAAUCUUUGAGAUACAACAGGGAAACUCAAGACCCGAAAGUCAUUAAUUACUGCCAAAGAUGACAAAGACAUUCAUAAAAUAUUAUAUACAUACAUAUACAUAUACACAAUGUACUGUAAUAUAAACUUUAAAUCAGCUGACAGUCAAGGUUUUUCAUAAAAAAUGAAUAAAAAGUCCAAUAACAGCUGAACGUUUUGGUUGUUUCCUGCUAAAAUAGGCUAGAAAAUGCGUUUCUGUGUCUGUUUGUUCACUGCUCACUGAGUAGUCCCUCUCCUUGCAGGUUCUUGAAUCACUCUGAUGGUGCAUUAUCACAUCCAGGAGAACAGAACCCGAUCAGAACCAUGGCCCUCGCUGAGGAGCAGCCCGAGAAGUAAGAACACUUCACCUGAGAGCGGUUUGUGUCGGAUUAUUCAGACUGAGACUUGGGUUUGGCACCUCAGCACACAGAGGGAAAGAACGGCAUGGAAAAAUAAACACUGGAAGUGAAUUAAUAUAGAAAAUAAACAGAAGAGAUCCUUUAAAAAAUAUACAGAAGCUGAAGAAAUGCUGCACAAAACCUCGUGUUGCAAAGAUUAUCACAUUACAAAGGCGUCAUAGUUGUUUGGAUUAAGGCGGAUUUUGUGUAUGAAACUGAUUUCAGACAUUUGCGCCACAAUUGAAAAAUUCAUGAACAACUGAACUAAAAAAGUGAAGGAUCACCGCUCAAUCUGGAGAGAAGGUGCAGGAUUAGCAGAAACUUUAAAGUAAAAAGAGAGAAACAAUCCGCACACUUCUGGUCUGUUGCAAAAAGAGCUUUACUGAAGCAAGCAAGCACAAAAUCGGCAGAGGCACUCUGCCUUGAUGAAGGUCUAACAGACCGAAAGCUUGCUUCAGUAAAGCUCUUUUUGCAACACACCAAAAGUGUGCGGAUUGUUUCUCUCUUUUUACUUUAAUGAACAACUAAACAAAAGUCAAGCACAUUUUUAUGCCUGACUCAAGUGUGUUAGGAGAGUUAUGCACCUGUUUACUUCUCAUUUUGAAUAUUUUUUACAAGCUGUCAAGAGGAGUUAAAAUCUUUAACCUGUUUAUAGACGGAAAUUUAAAGCUCCCAUGAGGAGUUUUUAAUGACCAUGAGAUAGACUGAAACUCAUAUUGAUGGCUUGUUAUGAUGUCAAAAAGAAAACAAACCCAUUGAAGUUUUCAUGUCCUGAUUUUUUUUAAGGUAAUAUUUAGUUUUAUUUCAUGUGUUCAAGCAUAAUCAUAUUAACACAUACACAUAAAUUCAGGACAAAGCAGAAAGAAAAAUAAAGUAAAUAAGUGCAUACAUAAAUAAAUAAUACCCAAAGUGUACUGUGGUGUGGCAUGUUUGUCGGUCUGCUCAGUACCAAAAUCAUACUCCUAUAGUUUUUUCUUUCAAUUUUCUGGUUCUUAUCUUAUCUGGUUCUGGUCUUGGGAAAGGGUAACAGCAACAAAGUAUUUAUGGUUGUAAGAAUUGUAACACGAGUUGAUUUGGCCUCUAGUAGUGAAAUAAAUGAACAUCGGAAGAAAAAAGUGCGAGAGAAAAAAAAAAGUAUAUUAUGUUAUCUGUAUAAAUACCUGAUAUUAAUUAAAUGUAAAUACACAAAUAAAUUCAUCAGCACAGCCCUGUCUACAUAAAUAAUCAUGUUCAGUUGAACUAUAGUGCAUACAUUCAACAUACCCAAUCAAUUCUCUUCUCCCCCUAAAAAAAAAGGGGACAAUAAAUAGGGUUGGAUAUCGAGUCUCGAGUCGAGCAUCGAUAGGGACCGGGACUAACAUUUAGAUUGUCCCGGAACCGUUCAAAUUUUAAAAUUUGAACACCAAUGAAGAAGAAGCCGCCAAACACCAACGAGGACGUAGCGUAUGAGACGAAGCCACAGAGUUCGGCGGCUUCUUCAUUGGUCAAAAGUUUGUCUAACUUUAGCAGGAAGAAUGAACUCUUAUCCCAGUGCAGCAUUAGCAACACAGUUAUAUCAUGUAAAGAAGGGUGAACGACCAACAUGAUUAAACACCUCAGGAUUCAUGGAGGAGAAAUACCUGAGUGCCUGUCUUUGACACGCUUCGCCGGUAUUGUGCUGUAGAAUGCACCCCUGAAGGGAGCGUGGUUGAAAGUCCUUAACAAUGCGAAAUAAUCAGUUUUCCUUACCGUUGGACGUAUCCAAAAGCUUGUGCCUUUAAUGAUUUCAUUCAGACUAUUCGGAUAAGUUGAAAACAAUAACCCUCUGAUUUUGAAUAUUUGCUGUCCCCAAAAUAUAAUCAUCUCUACCUUGACAGUUUAUACACCCAAGUACACCUCUAUAUGUGCAUUUUUGAGACACAUAAAUCAAAAUGAAAGUUUGCUGUUCCAUUUGACAUGUUGUCAUGAUCCAAUACUCGUGUUUUUUUAUUAUGAGAUCAUUUUCUUCCACUUUAAGAAGCUAAUGGGUGGAGGGGAGGCAUUCUACGGCACUUCCUCUAACCAGCCAGAAUCAGAUAAAUAAAACAAUAAAUUACUUCCGUCUUCUGCUAACACUGAAGCAGCAAACAAAUUGUACUGUGUACGGUGGGUCAACUUAAAUAUCCAACGAACGUUAGCCCUUGUACUUUUUCAUAGACAAACGACCUGACAACAAAAAUUGAUAUUUAUAUUCUGGUUGAAAAUCGCCCUGUGAGAAAUUCAUAGUAAAGUUCUUAAAAAGUUCAUAUAAUUUAUAAAUUCACAGAGAAGUUCAGAAAUUUCAUCCAAAAAGAAGAACUCCGGUUAGCACCCUCAUUUAAACCAUGUAUUUUUUUAAAUAUCCUGCCUUUUAAAAGAAUCGGAAUAGAGAAUCAUUAGGAAUCGGAAUCGAAACGAAGAAUCAGAAUCAGAAUUGGAAUCGUUCGAUUAAGUAAGGAACAAUAGGUUAUUAUAUAUUCAGCCUCAGUUAACAAAGUUUCGAUCUUAACUCAAAACUAGCACCCAAGCACAUAUAUUUACAAAAGUACAUAUGCAUAUACACUCACCCAUAGGCGUGUGUACCAACCCAUAAACACCUGUACGUACAUAUAAAACAAAUUAAAUCCAUAUCCGGAUUUUUAACGCUUGAAACCGGUAUGACUUACCUUGCAAGUAAAGAAACAGUCGCUUUUUUUACAACUUCCACAUUAAAUAUUAACAAUAAAUGAUAGUCAGAUUCUGCUUUAAAUAGAUUUACUUACACUUUCUAACAGUGUGUUUCUUUAUGUUUCAAUGUGUGUGUGCGCGUGUAUGUGUUGUGCAGACACUGCUGGGUGUGUUUUGCCACAGAGAGAGACGACCGCAGUGCAGAGUGGGUGAGCCCCUGCAGGUGUAAAGGCUGCACUAAAUGGAUCCACCAGGCGUGUCUGCAGCGCUGGCUGGACGAGAAGCAGAAAGGAAACAGUGGAGGCGCUGUCAGCUGUCCACAGUGUGGCACCGAGUACCACAUCACCUUCCCUAAGAUGGGUGAGUCGCGUGUGUGAUUUCAGGUCGUGUCCUAAACUUGUAGAGAAAAACAUGAAUGAAUUUCACUGUGAUCUUACUCCUCUUCAGGCCCGCUGGUGUAUUUCCUGCAGCAAGUGGACCGAGCUUUAUCCCGGGCGAGUCCAUUUGCAGCGGUGGGUGUGGUUGUUGGGACGGUGUACUGGUCUGCUGUCACGUACGGAGCCGUGACGGUCAUGCAGGUACACAGAGACCAUGAUAAAUAGUCAGUAACAGCAGAGAUCGUCACAGUUACUUCACCUCUUUGUGCUCCUGAGCAGGUUGUGGGACAUAAGAAGGGUCUGUACGUCAUGGAGCGAGCCGACCCGCUGUUCCUGCUCAUGGGUCUGCCCACUAUUCCCGUGGUUCUGGUUCUGGGGAAGAUGAUCCGCUGGGAGGAUUACAUCGUGAGGCUGUGGCAGAGAUUCGUCUACAGAGGGAAGCUGCAGCCAGGUAAAAAAAACACGAACGCACACAAAGCAGCGAUCAGAUGGUGGUUUACAGUCAGAUGUGAGCGUUAUAUUCUUCUUGGUUCAGGUCGGUAUCUGCCCCGGGUCUCCAUGGAUGGGCCCGGAUCAGGAGACCACCUCUCUGUGUCCAGGACUCUGUGUGGAGCGCUCAUCUUUCCCUCCAUCGCCAACCUGGUGGGACGGCUGCUGUUCAGCCGGAUGAACUCGAACCUUCAGCGCACUAUCCUGGUACACACUCUCAACAGGACUGUGGGUAGUAACAGGUUCAUCCAGGGUGGGAAAGGAAUCCGAAACUACGUCAUAUAUUCGUGCUCAGUCCUCCACCUCCGUUCACUGAUGGGUCUUACAGUUUGACAAAAGUCACCUCAUUGGAUUUCUCGGUUUUUUUUCAUGUCUAGAUGUUGCACAGCUGACGCAGACCUGUCCUUCUUUUCCCUCUCAGGGUGGUAUCGCAUUCGUGUUUAUCAAAGGAGUGUUGAAGGUGUAUUUCAAACAGCAGCAGUACAUCAUUCAGGCCAACCGACAGAUCCUCAACUACCCCGAGAGAAAUGGAGACGGACAGUACGAAGGCGAAGACGAGGACACGGAGGACAGCGGGAAUGAGUGACUUCACGAAAGGAGCCCAGAAACUGUGGGGCGGGAUGGGCUCCAGAGAUGACGGCAGAAAAUUAAAGGAUAUUCUUGUUAUAAGUCAGAUAAUCUGUUUAAAUAAGGGGGCGCGUUCCUGCAGAGGCAGAGGAGAAUUAUGGUCGUGUGUCUAUCAAAAGUGAGAAUAACAGUUUUCAGUGCGAGAAACUUUUGAGUGAGCUGCCAAAUCUCAGACUAUAAAGUCCUAAAGAAACACUGCAGAAGAUCUAAAAAACCACAUCUGUCUCACUGAGCCUUAAACUAAAAUCUUCCAAGAGAGAAACCUGAAACCUCCGAACAUCAGGGUGAGUUUACAGAUACAUACUGUGAGAUUCAAGAGAACAUCUUUGCAUCAAAAACAGUCAAACCAAACUCCAUUCACAAAAGAAGCACUUUAAGGUUGUUGGCCUCAUCUUAACAGGGAAACCUCAAGUUUAGGCUUUUUUCAAACGAGCGUCCUGCAGAUGUUUCUUCAGCUUCCUCUCAACCUGUUUGUUGUAAUUAGAUUACAGUAGAAUUUGUUUAAUUUGGGUUUAUAGCACCAGGUUUCCACUGACUUUCAAAAGACAGUGAGAGAUUUUUCUUUUUAAGUGAAUCGAAACGUCAGUGAAAAGUUGGUUAUUUCCUCCUGAUAUAAUCGGAGCAUGUGCGAGUCAAUUUAGACUUCAAUCCAACUGAGAUACCUGAAAGUAAAAACCAGACUUAUCGUAUUUUUCGUAUCAUAAAGCGCACUGGAUUACAAAGCGCAUUAAGCCAAACAAAACAGUCAGAUAAGUCAAACUUUAUUUAACUCAUUCAAUAACUCGUGAGGCUACGGCAGCUGCAGUGCUCCAACAAGCCAAAAAGAUUUUAAGUGCGCCUUAUAGUGUGAAAAAUAUGGUAUACGAGAGUUCAUUUAUAAAGAGUCAGGGGUUUUGCAAAUAUAAUUAUCAUGACAGGGUUAUUAAGACAUCAAUAACAAACCAAUUCAAAAACAAAGAGAUUAAAAGAAUCAUUACAGUCGUCUAAGAGAAAAUGUUUAAAAAUCAUUCACUUCAAAAUCAAAGUAAAAGAGUAAAUAAAUCAAUUCAGAAAAGCAAAGAGUUACAACAAGUUAUAGAAAAACAGUUUUAUAAUAGAAACAUUUGUAUAAUAAAACGAAAUGGGCAUUAAAUGAAUUUACUCUAGUAAAAAAACAGCAAAUAUAGCACUCUAUCUAGAGUCUGCUCACUGUUCAUUAUGUUGUUUAUUAUCAGGCUGUUAGCUAAGACGUGAAAGCUGAAGGAAAUGUUGACUUUAAGAUGAUUUUAAAAAUACUGAUACAGUUAAAAAAGUAGUCCCUCGAAUUCCACGUUUGGUAAAACUUCCACCACAGCAGAUUUGAGUUAACUUAAAACCGAAUAUUUCUGCUGAUGGUAAAAUUAUUAAGCUCUUCGUCUUCUCAGAGUUUGCAGUUUAAACAGAAAUGAUAAAAACCCCAUAGCUGCUUUUAUCGCUGCUGAUGUGCUUACCAGCUCUGCUGCUGUUGCAUGGAUUGCAGGACAUGAUUUAGUAACAUUAAAAUACUCUCUAUGUUGUUGUUGAGCUUCGUUAUUAAGCAUGCAAACAGAACUAAUAUUUUAGCCACAGUGUCAACAGGCAGAGGGGAAUUGUCCAGACUUCUUCAUGCAGACUGAUUUGUUGUCGCUGACGUUAUGGAGUUUCGACCAAUCAGAAUGGAGUAAGACAUUUUCAGGGCUGUUCGGAUUAUUUCCUCAUUAACAGAAUAUCCUGCGUUGAUACCAAACGUACAUCAUGUGCCUUCUCUAAAGCACUUUAAACACAGCUGAGACAAGCCUUUCAAAAUCAGCUGAAAGCCAAUAACAGCAGGGUCUGACGUGAAACUCCAGUAUCUGCCGUCAUUUUACAGUCAGGAGUCUAAAACCACUCAAACUCUCAGAUAUUCUUGUGCUCGGUUGUUCAGAAGUGCUCAGUCUCCUCUAAUCCUCACACACGUUUCACAGAUCAGUCGCCGUCUAAUAUCUUCUUCUGAUUUCUUCAUCUGCUUUGAGAAUGAAUGUUAAUCAGGAGCUGUAGAGAGAAACCUAGUUGUAUUGAGUUUAAUGAUCAACUUUAUUUUAGAUAAUCAGACUUUUUGUUUCUUGCUGCACACCUAAAAGUCGCUCUGUUAUUAGAAAUAAAAGAAUAAAGAAAGUUGAAGCCGUGGCAAGUUGAUUUGACCAGGAUCUGCUGCUGUUGUUGCGCUUUAAAUAUUUUCUUUUGUUGCCAAAAUGCAUCAGCUCUGGGACUUAAAUUGCACAAACUUUCUUUGCAGUCAUUAUGUGUAAAUUAAAAAAGUAGCCCUUGUUUUACUGUGUUGUAAAUAAAAUGUUGAAUAAAGCUCUUUUUCAAAACAA